UGUGUGAGCUCCACCUCUCUUAUGUUGAUUAAAUUCUAGGUCCACCUGGAUAUUUGAAUGACGAAAAGAAAAGAUGGCUGAUUGUAGGGAUCUGUCUUCACUCCGUUAUUUCUCCACUUCUAAGAAACUUUGUUAAUCCUAUAAUUAGUAAAUUGUAUGACUCACUGGUAUCAAGCGACUCUGUCGAUACACAGGGGUAUAAUGGAUAUAUGAAAAAAUACCCAACAACAAACGAACAUUUUCUUAUUUACAAAUCAAUCAACAACAACAUGAAUGUAGCGAAAAAAAUGAUCAGACACAAAUGGGUUAAUGAUUACCAGAAAUAUGAUUAUAAAGUAACAAGCCAUGUGGAUCUGUCAAAGUUGUUCCUACAGCCUCAUAUGGUUCAUUACUCUGGAAUUGAUGAGUCAUGUGACACAUCUGCUCUGCUUGGAAUGGUCAUCAACAUCAGUACAUUUUCAACAACUGUACGGACUGAUGCUAAAAAGAUGCGAGUAGACAUACGUAAUCCCUGGGCACAUUGUGACUUUAGAGAAUGGACUAGAAGAAAAUAUACAGAUUCAUUCAAGUUAAUGAGCCAACUUGUUAAGGACCUUGAUUUGAGUAACGAAGAAGAAAAGAGAAUAUUGAGUCAACUCAACACAUGGGCAACAAAUGGUUUGAUAUUUCUGAGUGGAACACCGCUUGGCUUAGAGGAAGUGUGUGAAAUACGCCGACAGACACGUGUUCUCAGUGAAUAUGUACAGAAUUGUUCGACUGAAAAUUACAAUCAGAACAUCAAAGUGCAGACAGAAUUAAAAUAUUUAGAAAACGAUUUAUAGGAAACAUG